AUGUAUGCCCACGUAUACAGAGCACUUGACGACUACGCGCGCCUGUUGACAGUUGGGCUGCUGAAAUGCGACACAUUGUCGCAAGAGCUAGACUCGAUGAAGCGUCUUCCAAUGACCAGGUUCCGCGUGUAUACCAUUGGAAAGGCGAUGGAAAUGGCUGAUACGAUGAUGAUGCCCAGGCUUUUUGCGGCUAUUCGGCAUGGAGAUGAGAAGAAAAUGUUCAUUUUCUCUCUGCCAUGGCUACUUGGAGACGUCCAGCUGUACCUCAUGCAACAUCAAAAUAAGGCUAAAGAUGAGGAAGAGGAAUCGAAGAAUAGACGAGCUUUCCUGCGCGGGAGCAUGCAAGACCUAGAAAAGCUCCUGAAAAAUCAGAAGGAAUAUGAAAUUGGCCGCUCGCUAUCGCCGGACCCCCGUCAUCUCUACAAAAACCGAAGUCACGAAACACUAUCGAUGAAAAGCGGCUCGUCGGGCUGCCACCUUUUCGACAUGUUCGGAAUCCUAAGCGAGGAUAUAUUGCCCUAUAUGGGAGAGCAGAAUGGAGAUGGACAUGGCUGCUGUAACCAUUGCAACAAGAAACAAGAGCUCAUCGAGUAUUGGGAGCAACACCAAGCUGAUCAGAGCGAUGAGUUGGUUAAUGAAGUAACUGCCCUUCUCAUCAAAUGGCUUGGCCCUGAUGGAAAAAUCUCCAAGAAGGAACUUUCCAAAUGCGACUUCAUCAAGUGCAAGGAGUUCGGCAUCGACUCUAUCGGAUUUUUGGAGUAUAUACAAGCCUCUGGAGAUAAUUUGAGCGGAAUUUAUCACGGCAACCAUCGAUGCACCAUUUCG